AUGAGCGAGGCUCCCCGCUCUUCGCCGGCGCCGGCGAACCUUCCGGACGACAACAACAUCUUCUGGGAGAUCCUGCUCCGCCUGCCGCCGCUCCCGUCCUCGCUUCCCCGCGCCUCCCUCGUCUGCAAGCGCUGGCGCCGCCUCCUCUCGGACACCCGAUUCCUCCGCCGCUUCCGCGCCCACCACAAGACGCCUCCUCAGCUCGGCUUCUUCACCCAAAGCUUCACCGAACCCUUGUUUGUCCCGACGCUGAGCGCGCCCGACCGCAUCCCUUCUGCUCGCUUUUCCCUGCCGCAGCCCACCAGCAUAGGCUGGAUAUUAAUCGGCUGCCGCCAUGGCUUUGCCGCCUUCCUUGACAUGACCCGUUGGGAGGCUGUUGUGUGGGAACCUGUCACGGGCAGCCAUUUCCGCAUAGCUUUCCGGCCGGAGGUGAAGUCUGAUGAUGACCACUACAUAUUCAAUGGUGCAGUGCUGAAUUCUGCUGGCAUCAAUGGCAACGACCCACUUUAA